UAAUAAUUCAGUCCUUCAUUAUUUAUAUAACUGGUUCUUUGAGUUGUAUGUGAAGUUUCUAUCCUAGGAUUGCAACUUUGGUAUCUAAAUAAUGAAUUAUUCUGACCAAGACAUAUUGGGUCAAGCCUUUGAAGAUGCCUUAGAGGUGUUACAGCAACAUUCUGAUGGUGAGAUUCAGUAUUCACCAGUAGAUUAUAAAAAUUGCCCGACCCUAAUCAACCACCAUCCUCACCUCAGAGCAAGUCCAAACUACUCUGCAGCACCACCUACAGAGGAACCAGUAUACAACUGGAGAAAUGUAAUAAAUAGUGCAACAGAUUUAUAUUCUGAAGGAACUGUUUACCACACUCUGUCGAAUAUUCCAGAAAACCAAGUGAUGCAUACUACUACUAGCCAGCAAAAAGGAGGGAAAGGGAGAAAAAAACUUCGCCUGUUUGAAUAUCUUCAUGAGUCUCUGUGUGACCCAGAUAUGGCAAACUGCAUCCAGUGGGUGGAUAAACCCCAUGGUGUCUUCCAGUUUGUUUCCAAAAACAAGGAGAAACUUGCAGAGCUGUGGGGGGAAAGAAAGGGAAACCGCAAGGUCAUGACAUAUCAGAAAAUGGCCAGAGCAUUGAGGAACUAUGGAAGAACAGGGGAAAUCAUUAAAAUCCGAAGGAAGCUGACAUAUCAGUUCAGUGCAGCUGUUUUACAAAGACUCUCCCCUUCUUACUUCCUGGGGAAAGAAACAGUUUAUUGUCAGUAUCUUCAGUACAAUCAAGAAUACCAGUGUUCAGACGACUGGAUCACUUAUAACAAUUACAUGUAUAACAGUGAGCUGCAGCAUGCUAACGGCUAGACAUGUGUCACAUUAAUUUAUCUUUUUAAUAGUUAGAAAUAUCUUAAAGCUCACAAUUCUUCUCUCAAUAUAUAUUUUUCUUUUAAAAUGUAACAAAUACACACACACACACACACACACACACCAUGGGUGUGCUUAUCAGAAAAGAAUGUUUCAGUACUGGCCUAAUUUUGCACCCAUUGCAGUGAAUGAGAAACUUUAAUUGACUAUAAGAACAUAAGAACGGCCAUACCGGGUCAGACCAAAGGUCCAUGCAGCCCAGUAUCCUGUCCACCGACAG